GGAUGAUGAGAACGAGGCUCGACGGAUGAAUCCGUGGUCAUUAGGGCAUGUAAAUCGGUACGCGUUUUCGGUUUCCGCGGAAAAGCUUGCCACGGAUAGUGUAUCCAGCAGAACUACCAGGGAUGGAUUGCAAGGAAGAAGCAUGUUUGGAGUGCACCAAACAAUGUUUACUACUUCACAAAAAGAAGAAACGUCCUAUUCCCAAUAUUACAUCUUUUUUCAAAGUCAUGAUUGGCGAUAAAUUCUCAGAAAUUCUGUUCUUGCCCCCUAAAUUUGCACGUACAGUGUCAGCAUUGGUGGAUGAAAAAACCCAUCUUGAGGAUUCGAGUGGGCGGCAAUGGGAAAUAACGGUAUCUAAUCUUAAUGGCUCACUUGCUUUUCAUCAAGGAUGGCAUGCUUUUGCACUAGAUCAUCGCCUAGAAAUUGGAGAUUUUGUGGUAUUCCAUUAUAUUAUGGGAUCGCAUUUUAUCACUCAGAUUUAUGAUAGAACUGGAUGUGAAAAACCGGAAUAUUCUGAGAAUGGCCAACAUAAGAAAAUAACGAGGAAUAAAAGAAGUCCAAUUUCUAAAGAUCGUGCAUUCCGCACAAUUGAUAAAGGUUCGAUAAAUGAACAGGUUUCAAGCACUUCUGUUCUUUCUGGGUCAGAUAUUGGAAUAAUCCAAAGCCAGUGUGAUGCAACGGAUGUGGAAAAAGUACCAAUGAUUGUAGAGAACACUUCGAAUUGUAAGAAUAGCAAUGGAAAGCUCAAAUCAGUUUGCAAAGCAGAGUAUGUUGAAGAACCAUACUACAUGAUUGACAGAGAUUUGGGAUACAAACGAGGAGAAUACAGAAGCUCUAUAUUUGACUUGUCAAACUUUGAAAUGCAGAAUAAUGAAUUUGGUGCUGAUGGAAGCAAGAAAAUUGUAGCUGGAGUUGAAAAAUCCCCUCAUCAUGCUGAUAAAUUACUCAUAUCACAAACUGAAGCAAUGGUAGCUGAUGAAUAUACAGUGGCUGAAGAGGUAGGGAGAAAAGUGGUGGCUUCAGAUGCAUCUAAAUUUGAAACAGGGAAAAAAAAGGACUCUGAUGUGGUGGAAAAAAUAAUAUUGAGGCACAAUAAAGAUUCUUGUGAUAACAAGGUGUCUGGGAAAUUUUUGACCACAUCUGCUGAGGAACCUGGGGAGAAUGGAAAAGAUAGUUCAGACUUGGGAAAUGAAGGCAUCAAAGAACACCAGAUGGCUGAGAUGAAGAUCAUCAAUACACAUUCAAUUGAUAUGAAGGGUCUCAAAAAAGAAUGUGUGGAGAUGACUUCAAAAAUGCAUGGUCUUGAGGAGAUGAUUGGAGAAAGGGCACUGGAGUUGAUGAAAGGGUUGCACCAUCACAGUUGGAAUCCAACUAGAAAAGAUAAUGAUAAAGUCUACGAAGUGGUGAAAACUGAAGCUGUUGAUUUUAUUGGUUCACCCCUGCCAAUUGCAGCCAACCUGUCCUGUAUUGUGGGGACAGACAACCGAUCCUUUCUUGAGCUGCCAGCAAGCUUGCCCUCAUUUUCAUACAGGGGAAGAACAAAAAUGGAAAGGAAGGUAGUGGUUCUUCAGGAUCCAGAUAAGAAAUCAUGGCCGGUGCUCUACCAUGAGAGACAGGGUUUCAAAGCUUUGACGAGUGGGUGGGAAGACUUUAGCCGGGCAAAUAACAUUAAGCCAGGAGAUGAGUGUGUUUUCACGCUGGAAAACGAACUCAAGGGCAUAUAUGCAGUCCGCAUUGUCCAAAAGUAAGAUAAGCUCAAACAAGUUCAAGUCUCUUUUUAGGUGUUUUUUUUACCCAAGUGAUGCAUGCAAAACAAGAAUCUAGCACAGUUUUAUGGAGUUGUUGCCAUAUGUGAAUUACCUCUAUUUUGACUGGUGGAUCCUGUAUAUGAUAGUGUGCUUCUGAUGGAUUUUGAUGUGGAAUUUACAUAGCUCCCCUUCUCCAGCCUAAAGGUGGGGUGGGUUGUGCUAGGCUUGGCCUUCUUUGAAGGUUGAAGUUCUUUUUGGGUUA